CACGGUUUGUUGUGUAGGUUAGUUUGUUCACGGUUUGUUGUGUAGGUUAGUUUGUUCACGGUUUGUUGUGUAGGUUAGUUGUGUAGACGGGAUAUUUUUAACGGGGAUUUGCGGACACGCGCUUUUUUAACGGAGCUGCUCGCGGACGGUGGCUCAUUCGGCUCGUGGAAGCGCGUGCAGUAUGUCUGUGAAGCACGCGAACAUCCCCUGGAGAAACAACAACUUCAGUCUGAUGAGCAGCGAUCAGACUCUGUCCGAUCAGGGCGAGACCAUCAUCGGCUUUUAUCUGCUGAUUCUGGGCUGGUUGUCGUGGUUCGGGAACAGUAUCGUGAUCUUCGUCCUCUUCAAACAGAGAUCAUCUCUGCAGCCCACAGACUAUCUGACUCUCAAUCUGGCCGUAUCUGACGCCAGCAUCUCUGUGUUUGGAUAUUCCAGAGGAAUCCUGGAGAUCUUUAAUGUUUUUAAGGACAAUGGAUACCUCAUCACAUCAGUGUGGACGUGUCAGGUGGAUGGAUUCUUCACUCUUGUUUUUGGUCUGGGGAGCAUCAACACACUCACUGUUAUCAGCAUCACCAGAUACAUCAAGGGCUGUCAUCCCAGUAAAGCUCACUGCAUAAGCAGCACUGCGGUCAUCAUAAGUGUUCUCCUCAUCUGGACGGGAGCUUUGUUCUGGUCCGGUGCGCCCAUCUUCGGCUGGGGCAGUUACACAGAUCGAGGUUACGGCACGUGUGAGAUCGAUUGGGUGAAAGCCAAUUAUUCCACCAUCCACAAGUCCUACAUCAUCUCCAUUCUCAUCUUCUGCUUCUUCAUGCCGGUGCUCAUCAUGCUCUUCUCCUACGUCUCCAUUAUAAACACAGUGAAACGAGGAAACGCCAUGUCCGCAGAGGGAGACCUGACCGACCGACAGCGCAAGAUCGAGAGAGACGUCACGAUUGUGUCUAUUGUGAUUUGUACAGCGUUUAUUCUCGCCUGGUCUCCGUACGCCGUGGUGUCCAUGUGGUCCGCUUGGGGUUUCCACGUGCCCAAUCUCACCAGCAUCUUCACGCGGCUCUUCGCAAAGUCCGCCAGUUUCUACAACCCGCUCAUUUAUUUCGGCCUGAGCUCAAAGUUCCGGCGAGACGUGAGCAUGCUGUUGCCCUGCAGAGGAGAUGGGAAAGAUAACGUCAAACUUAAACGCUUCAAAAAGAUCCGGGGGAGGGCGGACGGGUCACCUGAGGUCUUGCGGCCCCACAACCAGCAGCCCCAGUUACAGAAGCGUGAGAUGAAGAACCAGCCGGGUCGAGAGCCGCAGAACCCCGCGCCCAGCCCUGACUCUGGGGUGGGCAGUCAUCCUGAAAGCCCUCCUGCCAACAAAAACGUGUUCUUCAUCGACACGCACGAACCCGAGUCUGAAUGUGUCAGACUGUAGAUCCGGGAAUGUUUUGCUUUUUCCUCUUUUCUUUUAUAUUUGAACUCAUUAAAGAUCAUUUUAGCAGCUCAAGAUGCUAUUUUGUAAAAAUACAAUGAAUUUAAAUGUGAACAGUUUUUUCCC